CACUCGAGUCAAAUAGUGUCUUUCCUGUCAAAAUUCUUGUCAAAUGAAGAUAUUCACUAACUAAAAAUCAAUAUCUAACAAUCGGCUACUAAAAUUAGUGAAUUUUAUCAAUUUUAGUGUGUAUUUCGUUACAAUUUGCGUGUGUUUUUGUUAAACUACAGUUUUUCUAGACGGUGAAUCGAUUUCAUUGCAGACAACUAAGCUUAGUCAAGGGAUGGUUAUGUUCUAGUAAUGCAGUUCUUGUAGAGAGGGUGUAAUGUCAGUGUUAUGUGUUGUACUUCUAGGGGUGUGACUCUGUGUAGAUAUUUAAUAUUUGUAAUAAUAGAUUUGUGUAGAUUUACGCAGGUGUUAAUCGUUCUAAAGUUAGUGUUGCGAUCAUGGAAUAAUUUGCAAAUGAAAAAAGCCGGUAUUAAGACUGUAACAGUGCCUUCUAUGUCUGUGAAUUUUUAGUUUCGAGAAAGAUCCCUGUUCUGUUCUACAGUUAAAUAUUGGAAACUCUGUCCCAUUUUGACUCAAAUAUUUGGAUAUUGUAGACGCUUUAGUAGUUUUCGGUGGAAUUCUAAACUUGAAAGUGGAAAACAUCUUGAAGUAGUCACUCUCCAACCCAAUCACUAACUAUUCAUAGAUCAGAAAUUGGCCAAGCAUUGGUGUGGACACAGUUUCUUUCAAGAUAUUCAGAGUAUCCAGUGGAAUAUCUCUCGCCAUUUGUAGAAAAGUUUGAUUUUCAGAGGUUGCUGAUAAAUUUACAGUAGUCUUUUAGAAGAAUCACCUGUUACAUUGCUUUUCUGGGAGAAGUCCAUCUUCACAGUCAUAAGUGCACUCUCUAUAAACAGUUGCAACCUGUUUCUAGUUUAUCCCAGAGUAGAAAUUCUUCAAAUUCUGUCUCUAAUCCAUUCCUGGACAUUCCCUAUUCUCAUAGAAACACCCCAAACACAAGUGUGUUGUCUUGGAUAGGUUAACCUCAAGUAAAAGUAUAUCCUUGAGAGGAAAUCAAGCUCAUCCCUUGGGAUUUAAGGUGGUUUGGAACAAAAAUCCAAGUUUGGACAUUGUCCUUUCUAGCAGAAAUACCUCCAAACACAAGUGUGUUGUCUUGGAUAGGUCAACCUCAAGUUGAACCAAAUCCCUGAGGGAAAAUCAAGCACAUCCCUUGAGAUCUGAGGUGUUUUGGCACCAGUUCUACAUCUCUGCAGACACCAAAUUCUUGCAAUUCUGUGGCACGCAAAACAAAACCAUCAGAUGCAACAUUCUGCCACCACUGCUAUCUACGCCACUAAUACACCAGUAGCUGCUGCUUACUUCCGGCCACCACACUUGGCUGCCAAUCCUGCUCAGGUGUUGGGAUCUCCAAUUUUCCACGUGCAUCAUCCAGGUCACUACAACCCGAGACCUCUGCUGCCUGCUAGGACUCCACCAGCGCUCAACAACCAUCAGGUGCCAUAUGCUAAUGGGACCAACGUGCCUAGACCGUCAUCAACACCCAACAAUUUCCAGCAGCAACAGAGAGAGCCGCAGUCUUGCAACGGAGUGGUGGUGAGCGGCAACGCACAGGCGAGCUCUGUUGCAAACUCGUGCAACGGAACCGGGCACAAGCAACAGAACGGAGGUGCAACAGUAGCAGGCUCCAACUCCAAUUCACAGCAGCAGCACCCUGGUAGUGGAGGAGGUAGCAGUCAGAGCAGCAGCAGUAGCAGCACACCAGCCACUCGGCCAAACUCCUCUGCUAGUCCCAUGAAGACUGGUGGCAACAGCCAAGAAUUUUCUUGA